AAUAUAACAGGUGAAGGCUAAGUGUUGUAUUCACACAAGUCACUGAGUAAAAUUGAGAGCACAGUUUUUAUACUGGCAUCUGGUGGAAAGAUAAGUGAAUUACAUACAUUGUAACAACAUUGUAGGCUAUGCAUAAUACGUUUUCAUAUAUCAUUGCAAAUAUGAAGUGAAUCAUUAAUUGAUCACCUACGCCCAGUAGCCUACAUGCAACGAACGUCGCCGUGUGUGCCAAGUGCGUAAUUGUUGCGCCAAAACCAGUUGAGCGCAAUUAUCAAGCGUCUACAACAUUAAUCUUUGAAUGGUCACUAGUUUGCUAACAAUAGUGUGUCCACGUGGCGCUCUGGACACGGAUUUUUUCUUCUGCGGCUUUGGUCACGUUGAACAUGGCACAAGUUGCGUGGAUGUUUUGUCUAUUUGUAUGGAUUUUUUCUGGCUUUCCAUUCACACAAGUACUAGCGGAAGCUGAUUUUAACGUUGACAGAUGGGAGGGUCAAGAGCAUCAAGACUACCAAUUUGCGGAGCAGCACCUCCUGGGCAAUGUACCAGUGCGUGGGGUGAUCGGGCCUCGGAUAGGGGAAGACGAUGCCACCGGUACCCCUCGGUCAGAACCACCAUACUACUUCCUUCCCAUGUUCCAGCACUCUGCGGUUCCCGUCGUCGAUUGGGACUUGUUCAGACCAGUCGUCAGGAAAAUACGUUUCCCCAGUAUCUUGACCAACCUCUUGCUUCCGCCACAAAAUAGUCCGAGCGCAACCACUUCUCUCCCGUGCGUAAUCCGCGGGUACAACCAGAUCUCCGUGCGCAUCAACAGAGGUCAGCUCAGGUUUAGGUGUCUGGCCUCCAUGCUCUUCCUGGGCACCCCACUUUUCUUUUACUUCCAUUAUGACUUGAAUGACUGUGGCAGUACUCAAACGACCAUGAAUGGCCAGCUGGUGUACUCCAGCUCACUUCACCUUUCUCCAGAACCACAAGGGCCAAUGAUAAGAGCCAUACCUCUGAACCUCCCCAUUCAGUGCAUAUGUAACCGUUUCCACUACUCCUACAAAGUUGGUUAUGUACCCGAGGUGCAUGACCGCACUCUCUUGAAGAGUAUGAAUGGCAAACGCAUCUUUAGGCUCACUGCAUGCAAUGAGAGAUGGGAACAAUUGUCGUCAGAAGAGAGCUACAUGCUUGGGGAGCCAAUGUACUUCAAAGCCUACGCAGCUUUAUCCCCAGAGAUGGGUGUGUUUGUUGAUUCCUGCUUUGUUACAACAUCCAAGGACCCACAUACCACACCCCGCCAUGAAGUCAUUCGCAACUUUGGAUGUAUGGUGGACAGCAGUCGGAAAGGCAGUCAGUCUCUGUUCUUCUCCCGAGAGUCAAAUGUCCUGCGUUUUACUGUGGAUGCUUUCCUGUCCCCCCGAAUCACUGCCACGGUUAGGCUAUAUGAUGUUAUGGUAAACAAAUGUUUCCACAACGGUAGUGAAUAGUGAUUUAUAUAAUCCGUACUCUGUUCCACAGCAUCUCCACCUGCACUGUACUGUGACUGUCAUGAAAUCCACUUCAAAGCGCAGCGCCAAAUCCCGUACAAUAGCACAGUGGGAAGGUAAACUGUCUUUUUAGAGUCUCAACAGUAACCUCGACCAAUCUGAUCUAUUUCUAUAUCCAGUGGUGGGAAAAGUACACAAUUGUCAUACUUGAUUAAAUGUAAAGAUACUUUUACUUGAGUAUUAAGGUAAGUCACCCAGUAAAAUACUACUUGAGUAAGUAUUUUAUUUUUAAUAUACUUAAGUAUCAAAAGUAAAUGCUAAACCUUUUCAAAUUCCUUGUAUUAUGCCAACCAGACAGCACUAUUUUUAUUUAUGGAUAGCCAGGGGCACACUGACAUAAUUUACAAACAAAGCAUUUGUGUUUAGUAAGCCUGGAAAAUCAGAGACAGUUGUGAUGACCGCGAGUUCUCUUGAGAAGUCUGUGAAUUGGAACAUUUUCUGUCCUGUUAAGCUCUCGAAAUGUAACGAGUACUUUUGGGUG